UAUUGUGAUAAUAUCGAACAUGGCUGUAAGCAGGGUCAGCGGUGGUGGUCCGAUCGGUUAUUUGGCCGAAAUUUUUGGAGCUUCAGAGCCCGCUCUCCGGCUAUUAUUUACAAUUUUAUUAGGUUAUCCAUUGGCUCUCAUACAUCGUCAUUUAUUGUAUGGAAAAUCUCCCAGUGUACAGCAUCUGUUUUUUAUUAUUUGUGGAUUGUCUUUAGGCAUUUUCAAUUAUGGAAUUGAUGUACUUCAUUCUGUUUUCUGCGUACUUAUUAUGUAUUUCAUUCUCAUCACCAUUGGUGGCACAUUUAAAUCAGUUGUCAUUUCAUUUACAUUUCUCAUGGGUUACCUAAUAUUUGGUUACUAUUUAACUGGAACUGAUGAUUAUGACAUCAAAUGGAGCAUGCCUCAAUGUGUUUUAACCUUGAGACUAAUUGGUCUUGCUUACGAUGUCUAUGAUGGACAAAAAGAUCCGGAUAAAUUGUCUCAUGAGCAGAAAAAGACUGCAUUGAAACAUUGUCCUUCACUGUUAGAGAUAGCUGGACACACUUAUUUCUUUGGAGGGUUUAUGGUUGGACCACAGUUUCCGAUGAAAAGGUACACAGAGUUUGUUGAAGGUUUGUGCCUUGCAAAAACAACAGAUGGUAAACCUGAUUGUGUGAAGGCUUCAAUGACUCGUUUAGGUCUCGGCAUGUUAAUAUUAUCUAUCUAUCAAGUGGGCAGUAUUUUUAUUCCUGAAAGAACUCUCGUGUCUGAUGCUUUCAUGGACUAUCAGCUGUGGAAGAAACUUCUCAUCAUAGGAAUAUGGGGGAAAAUAGCAUUAUAUAAAUACAUAGCUUGUUGGCUUAUUUCAGAGGGUACUUGUAUAUUGACUGGAAUGACCUAUAAUGGAAAAGAUAAAGAUGGAGAGCAUUUAUGGGAUGGCUGCGCUAAUGUAAAAUUGCAUGAUUUCUCAAUUACAACAACAUUUGAAGGCAUAAUCAAGUCUUUUAACAUAAAUACAAAUCUGUGGAUUGGCCAGUAUGUGUUUAAGAGAUUAAAAUUUCUUGGAAACCGUUAUAUAUCUCAAGCUGCAGCCCUGUUCUUCCUGGCAGUAUGGCAUGGCCUUCAUUCAGGAUAUUAUGUUUGUUUUCUGAAUGAAUUCAUUGUGAUGUACUUGGAAAAAGACGUGGAAGUGUUCCUAAAUACUAGACUACCCAAAGUGAAAGCUUUCUUUACUCAAAGUGCCUUGAAAUAUCCUACAAUGCUAUUUUUGAAGAUCUAUGUCGAUAUUUUCAUGGGUUAUUGUCUUGUUCCAUUUGUCCUACUUUCAUAUGACCGAUAUAUGCAAGUGUAUGGAUCAGUAUAUUUUAUUGGCCACAUCAUAUAUAUGGGUUGGCCAGUAGUAUCUCCUAUUAUAAAAUUAUUCAUUCCAAAGAUUAAAGAGGACAAAUCUAAAUCCCAGUAAAGGACUAAUAAAAAUUGGAAACAUUUGUAAGUGUUGAAAGAUUUUGUAUGAUGUUUCGGAAGGUAAUCUUUUUUUUUUCUUGUUACAUCAUUGAUCAGGUAUUUAUGUCUUGUGUAUUGUCCAAAACAUUUAUUAAUAUUUAU